CGCGCGCAGUCCCGCCUCUCCGGGCGCUGGGCGAAGAGGAGCUGUGUGUCAAUCAAUCUGGCCAAUCGCGCGUCUCUUCCUCUUCCCGCGCGGCCCGGCCUCUGAGACGCCGCCGCGGCUAGCGCGCUGUCUGUGCUGUCUGGGGAUGGCUGAGGGAGAAGUAAAGCAAGAUUUCAAGAUGGAAAGUCCAUCAAACUCGGCUUUGAUGUUACCUAGCACUCCACAAGCUGGUGCCAAUCCACCAUCUCCCCAUUCAAGUAGUUCAAGAAGACAACCUAUGAGUGCAACCCUUAGAGAACGAUUAAAGAAAACCAGAUCUUCAUUUAAUUCCUGUUACAGUGUGGUAAAACGGCUUAAAGUAGAGAGUGAGGAAAAUGAUCAGACUUUUUCAGAGAAAUCACCUUCAACAGAAGAAAGCUGUUUGGAAUUUCACGAAAAUUUUAAACACAUAGAUAGUGAAUUUGAAGAAAGUACAUAUUUGAAAGAUACCUUCAAGAAUAUCAAUGUUUGUGAAUCUAAAUCACUUGAUACUGAGUCAUGCAGUGAUCUCCAAAAUGACUUUAUAAAUGAGAAUCUUGCCAAACAUGAACUAAACAAAGAAAAAGCAAAAUUGAUGAAGCAGAUUCAAGAGAAAGAAGACCUUCUUCGGAGGCUGAAGCUAGUCAAAAUGUAUAGAUCAAAGAAUGACCUGUCUCAGUUACAAUUGUUAAUAGAGAAGUGGAGAAGCUGUAGCCAGCAGUUGCUUUAUGAGUUGCAGUCAGCUAUGUCUGAGGAGAACAAGAAAUUAAGCCUUACUCAGCUGAUAGACCAUUAUGGGUUAGAUGAUAAAUUGCUACACUAUAACAGAAAUGAAGAAGAAUUUAUAGGUGUUUAAUUCAUAAUUUUUUUCUCCAGAAUAUCUUUGUGAAUGACAACUUAAUUAAAAGAUACUUAUACAUUUUAAAGGGAAGAUAUAAACCAUUAGGGCUUGGAGAAAGGUAUCCUGGUGAACCUGGAUCAAUUUAGGGCCUCUGUUAUAUAUAAACAAGGUUCAAAAAUGAAAAUUUAGUGUUUUGAAUAAAUUUCCCAAAGAAAACUUGCCAGUUAAAGGUGAAAAAAAAAUUUUUUUUAAUUAAAUCAUGUUAAGAUAAUUUAGAGAAUUGUGGAAGCGAGUUUUAAUACAUUAUUUUAUUUAUUGUGGUAAGAUGUUUUAUUUUAAAUGUUCACUAGUCCAUCUAGUGAACGUCUAAACGUAAACUUGUCUAAAAAUAAAUUCCUCCCGUAGGUUUAUGCCUCUGCCUUGUUUUCACCCAUUUAUUACAUGUUUAUCUGGAUGGUAUAGCAGGUAUUUAAACUCAUGUUCAAAAUUAUAUUAAUUUCUGUCUCUUCAAA